AUGCAGACUCAGAAUAGGUGGGGUGAAGAAGUGGAAAGAGUCACGCCUGGCAACAACCUGGGCUUCCACCUGCCUGGGCCAUGUGGUCUUCGCCGCUGCAGAGGCCGUCGUGGUAGGCAGCUCAGCUGGAACACGCUUCCCAGCAGCCCUGGAUUUAAACAGCAGGAUGAGAACCAGUGCAAUGGCUUCCUUCGGCUCCAGACUUUGGGAUGUGCUCAACACGCCGGCGCCUGCGUCGUCCUUCGGCGACAAUCCGGCUUGCCAGGGGCACACAGUCUUCCAGCUGCAACACAGGGAAAUGGUAGCCAGAGCGAGGAACCAGAAAUAAACGUCUUGUGUUGUAGUACUUGCAAAAGGCCGUAUGAACCAUCUACAAGUGAAGAACACAUUGCAAAGCGUGUUAAACAUGAUGAACUAUACUCACUGCCAACAGUCAGCGAAGACAAAUUUUCAUAUAUGGGCGACUUUGCUGUCGUUUAUACAGAUGGUUGUUGCUCAGGUAACGGACGCAAUAGGGCACGUGCUGGAAUAGGUGUCUACUGGGGACCAGGUCAUCCUUUAAAUACCAGUGAAAGACUUGCUGGACGGCAGACUAAUCAAAGAGCGGAAAUACAUGCAGCCUGCAAAGCAAUAGAGCAAGCAAAGAGUCAAAACAUCAAGAAACUAAUUAUCUACACUGAUAGCAAGUUCACUAUUAAUGGUAUUACGAGCUGGGUUGACAACUGGAAAACAAAUGGCUGGAGAACAAGUUCAGGAGGAAGUGUAAUAAAUAAAGAAGAUUUUGAAAGACUUGAUAAUCUAUCAAAAGGCAUAGAAAUUCAGUGGAUGCAUAUUCCCGGUCAUGCUGGCUUCCCAGGAAACGAAGAGGCUGAUAGACUAGCAAGAGAAGGAGCUAGUAAACAAAGGUCCUGAUGUACUGGGACUAGAGACUGUAGCAGUGGGAGGAAAAGGACUAACGUCCCCGUGACAGCUUGAACUGCUGUAACUGUUUUCAGUUGGACUUCGAACUGUACUUCUGUCUGGCCUGAGGUGUUAAACAUAUACCAACUUCUGAGGAGAAAAACUCGCAUAUUUUCUUCUAUAGUGUUUCUUUUACAAUCGAGUCAGUAUUUAGUUGACGACACAGAGUUUGCUUUUUCUGCAUCUUGCUGAAGGGCCGUGAUCAGUGUUUUUAGCUGUCUUCUGGACUUCUGAAUUCACUGUAAAGAGAGACUUCUGAAGAAGUAAUAUUAAGUCUUUAUCCUAAGUGUUUUGUAUUUUCCUCUUAGCGAAAUAAAU